AUGAUCCAGAUGAUGAAGAACCAGACAGACUGUGGGAUCGGUACAGAGGUGAGGCCCAGCAUCUCCAUUGAUGACUGGUCCAUUGGAAUGGUGGUCUGGACACGCAAGGGACCCAACCUUGGCACCUCUAGCACAAAAAUUAUCUGGCUACACCUGCAAACAACGGUUGCUAGGCAAGGCAGAAAGCCGGCUCCCCCUCCUGGCAAGGCUCCUCCACGAAGGCCCCCUAGACAAGCUUUUGGAGACCAACCUCCAAGGCUUGAGCAUCACCUGCCUGGACUAGUCGGAGGCAUCACACACCCUUACAGCUCAAAGGCUGAACCUUCACUCAAAGAACCUAUAAAACUUGGCCAAAUAUUUGACAGAAGAUUGAGCCCAGCUCCAGCUCCAUUCCACCUUCCAUGGAAGAACAAUAGAAUAUUUCCGAUUGCAGUUCCUGAGAAGAAAGGAGGAGGUACUGAUGACCCCAAAGCAAUCACAAUGCAACAUUCAAACAGUGUCGACAAUGGCAUGGUCAUUGAUGGCAACUAUUUCCAGACUAAAGAAGCCAUUCCUUCAGCAAAGACUAGACUUGGCAAAGUUUUGAGUCAGAUGAACAUCUUUAAAACACUGCAGACUCAGAAGAACUCUCUGAGCAGCAUUAGCGGGAGUUUAGAUCAUAGGAGUAAUGGAAGCAUCCCAACCUCUUGGUCACUCAGCGAGUCAGAAAGGAAAUCACAGAGAAUCCCUGGUGAUAGUGUGGAAAGUGAGCAAGAAAGAGGUAGGAGCAGGAAAGACAUCAUUCAACAGUCUUACACUGAAAGUACCAUGUCAUUCACACCUUACCAUCCACACAGACUCCAAGAAGGAGCACAUAUGAGUAGUUUAGACUCUGAUGAUGAUCAAGACCAGAGUCCUCUUGAUUCAGACAGGGAGAGCCAAACAAAAACUCAGCUAGAUGACACUGAAAUAGAGUCAAAGACAGAAUCAGAUUCAGACCAAGACACAGAGACUGAAAAAGAAACAGAGACAGAGCAAGAGUCAGACACUGAGAGAACAUCGGAGACGGAGAACGAGUUAAGCUCAGAGGAAGAUAGCAGUGGAAAAGAAAAUGUCAAAUCGGAGGACAGAGGAACAGUAUCAUCUGUCAGAUCUUCUCGGCCCAGACACAGCAGCAUAACAUCCCAGAAAUCAGUAAACUCUACCUACGAGAGAAAGAGCAGCAGAUCAUCUUCAGAACCUGCAACUACAUCCACACACAUGAAAACAUUAGAAGAGACCAUCCUGAAGGAGGAUGAGGAUGAUAAGGAAGACAGAGGGCAGAUUGAAGAAGGCCAAAGUAAGGAUCCAAGGUCAUCUAGGUCUAAAAGCAGUAAUUAUCUGGAGAGAAGACAUGAUUCAAACUUCCACAGCAUGAGCAGAUUCUCUAUGAUAAGCAGUAGUGUAGCAAAGGCUUUAGAGAUUGACAAACUCUCACCUAUAGAUGAGAAUGAAGAAGGAGAAAUGACACCAAAAAGAGGUGGUAGUUCGAGUUCUUCAGAUGGAGCAAGAAACCUUAAAGUAAACGGGGAGGAUGAGGAGUCUAAUUCAAACACAACGAAGACUGUUGGAGACUCCUGAAUUAUAUUCUGAUAUAUUCAGUAAGACUGGCCAUUGCCUUUAUUUCUUGGGUUGAUCUUUUUAUUGGCAUUCUGAAUGCCUUCGUCUGGUUGGAGUUCUUCUGGUUGUUUUCCUCUCGCUGAGCACAGCUUGGCAUUUCUCCUUAACCUUU